GAGGAGCCGUGUUCUUGUGGAGCGGCAGCCACCAGGGGGCAGAGGGUGGAGGAGCCGUGUUCUUGCGCUGAGCCUUCAUUGCCAGCCCGGACUCCAUGCUAGUCGCUCCGGCAAGGGGCCGCCAUCAGUUUUAUUGCGAAUGUGUGUGAAUGGAGUGAAGGACCAACGGGAUUCUUCUUGGAAAGUGCGACGAUGCUGGAAGGAGAAGAUGAACCAGGAGAGACAGAGGGUCAGACAGUACAAGAAACAGGAGUAGUCACAGAAACAGAGGAACAGCCAGAGGAGGAUCAGAGUGAAUCUGUCCCACAGGAAGGAGGAGAGGAGGCCGAGGGACUACCUUCUGAGACCGCAGAAGAGGACCAGGAAGGAGAGCAGGUUGUAGAGGAAGCAUUAACUAUAGAAGAAGAACCUCAACAAGAUGGUGAUCUGGUUGAGCAAACAGUGGAGGAAGAGGAGAGUGCGGUAGAUGAAGGUGAAGGUGAAGCCUUACCUGAGGAGAAAGAAGAAGUCCAAGAAGAACAAGAGGUACCCUCCAAGGAAGAGGAGGAGGAAUCUGAUGGAGAUGAAAUAGAUGUAGGUACAGAAGAAGUGCCAACAGGAGACUUUGCCUAUAUUCAGGAAAAUGCAGAGGAACAGACUGAAAUGGUUUAUGAAGAAGAGGGAGAGGCAGAGGUGCAAAAUGAAACCGAAACUGAUGGCCAUGUUGAAGAACAGGAGGCUGACAUAGCACAUGAAGUAGGAGAAGAAAAUAGUACAAAGGAGUUGGAAGAAGAAAAUGAACUAGAGCCAUCAGAAAUUGAGCCAGAAGUUGAAACUAAUGACCUUGAAGUUGCUAAUGAUGCUGAGGCCGAGGUUGAGGGUGAGGGCAUAAUUGGAGAAGAUGAGGUGGAAAGUGAAUUCCAGAAUCCAGAAGAGCAACCCAUUGAGGAAGGAAUGGAGCUCGGGGAAGAAGAAGACCAUUCAAAGAACUUGGAAAUUGAAGAAGGUAUGGAAAUCGAUGAGACCCCUGAACCCAGUGAGGCUGCUGAUCUUGCGCUUGAGGAAGGAAAAGACCUUGAAGCAGAAGACGGUGUGAAUGGAAUUGCUGGAAUUGAAGCAGAAGACGAGGAAGAUGUAAAUGAUGAAGUUGAUGAGUUAAGCCCUGAAGACCUCUUCAACAUUGCCCCCUCAGAUGGCAAAGCUCUUCCUCAGUGUCGUUUGAAGAGGAACUACACAUGUGUUCACUGUGGAUUCAACACACAAAAUCCAAGAGAGCAUCUUUACCACCUGAAGGAUGAGCAUGGGGAGCGCAUGAAAGUCUUUGAAUGUCCACGCUGUAUAUAUGCUUCCAAGAACCAGCAAAAACUCAUUCGCCAUGCGCGGAUGGUUCACAAACUGAAGAUCAAACGUCAAGAGUCUGGAAGCAGCCCUUAUAAAAGCCAUAAGUCAUCUCGUGUUAAGAUGUCACCCUCAAAGUCUGCAAGGGAGAGUGUUUCUCCAGGGAAAUCAUCCAGAAGUUCCCCUGGAAAGUCACCAAGAAGUUCAGAGUCCACACAUGAUACCUGGGAGGGAAUGGAUGAAUAUGAAGACGAUGAUUUAGAGAUGGACGAUUCGCCUGUGAAAGGAGACGACAGGAAACUCUAUUUCUGUGAACAGUGUGACUAUAGUUGCAGAAGUCGCAAACUUUUAAACAGACAUGAGACCUCAUACCACCUGAAGAGACGGUUCUUCCGUUGUGUGAAAUGCAAUUAUGUCACGCAUCUCAAAGGCCGGUAUACUAAGCAUAUGAAAUACCAUCAAUUACCAAUACUCAAGUGCGAAUAUUGUGAUUUCAGGACACCAUACAGAUGGAAUUUAGAUCGACACAUGAAGAACCAUGUGGAGGACUGUGGGGAAUAUAAGUGCCAUCUUUGUAAUUUUACUGCUCAAAUCAAACAAAGCCUUACAGUUCACAUAUCAAAUCACCACUUAACGGCAGAACAGAUCAGGGAGCGGGAGAUGAGGCGUACCAUUGGCAUAAGUGACCCGGCAGAUUGCACGUCAGAUGACCAGGAGCUAGAACUGCUGCGCAUGGAAAGAGACGAGCAUCCAGACGCCCUCAUUUUGCCUGGUUUUGGUUCCCCAUCAUCCCCAGGCAACGGAGACAGUUCUCAGGGACACCACAAUGGUAACAACAGUUUCCGUGUAUCCAACAUUGACAUGGGCAACCAUGAUGAUUCUCAUUUAGCUGCAGAUGAUAGCAAAGAUGAGGACGGGGAACCUAGGAAGAAGAAACCUAAGAUUAAGAUAACGCUGAAGAAGAUGAAGUUACCAAAGUCAAAAGAUACUUUCUUCCAAGAGCUGAAUGAGAGGCAUAACUUUGAGGAAGAUUUCAUUCACCCAGAUGAUGUAGUGCAUAGACAUGGUAAUGUUUACAUCAAGACUUUCAAGUGCCAUUAUUGUCCCUUCAAGGCAGCCUUCAAGAACGAGAUAUCACGACAUGAAAAGAAAAUCCACAGUAUACCAAUGCCGAAGUCAGAAAUCUCCAAGAAGGCCAAGAAAAGCAUGAAGGCCUACAAGUCAAUGAAGAUUGCAAAGAGUCUCAAGCACAGCAUAACUUCCAGUGAUGAUGUGCUCAGUGAAAUUCUGCGAUUCCCUCAGAGUCUCAGGGAUGAUGAGGAAGAGAAGGAAGAGAAUGUUGUCAUGGAAGCCCUUGAAGAAAUCAAUGCUGCUGUUGCCAUCAAUGAAGAAAAACUGAAAGAAGAAGAUCUCUCAAAUGGAGAGAGUAAGAUGGAUGACAACGCCUCUGGUAGAAAUAGUCCAGAUAUGCUUGAUGAACCUAUUGGGGAACAUUCCUCUGAUUCAAAGGAGUCUCCAUCAAAAGACCAUGGGAAGAAGAAAGGACAGUCAUUCUUUGAGAAGUUGCAGGAGAAGAUUCCUACCUCAAAUGUACAGAAUUUGGUGUGUCAGUUUUGUGGACACGAGUCAAAGUGCUUGUCAGAGUCUGUCAGGCAUCAGAAACUACAUCUUAGUGCAAAGAAUAUUUACGCUUCAGCUUCCCUCUCCACAAGGUGCCAGUUCUGCCGUCACAGAUGCAAAACCACCGAUGACCUCAUAACUCACCUGAAACUGUGUCCUGAAGCUCGCAAAAAUCAGAUAACAGACUCUGGAAGACGGCCAAGUGGUUUCAGGGGAGAUGAUAUGGAUGACAGUGGGGAUCUACAGGCAGACAGAGAUGAAGACAGUAAAGACAGUAACGAUAACUUAGAUGUUCGACAAACCAGGAGCAACAGUGUGACGCAAGAUGGAGAUGAUAAGUAUGAGGAAGAUAAACACCCAAUGGAAAAUCGAGUGUUUGUAUGGAACAACUUCCAAGUACAGGAAGAUGCUGAGCAGAAUGCAGAAGGGAGCAAGAUCAAGGAGGACAUGGAAGCUGACUUGAAAGACCACAAGAAUUUAUCAGCAGAGGAUCUCCAGAAAGAUUCAGGAAAGAGAGGUCUGUCUAUUUCUGAUGAUCCUCUUGAUUACAUUGAGAGUCCUUCUCCUCAGGGUAACCAUUAUUACAGCAAGAGAGUCUAUAGGUGUCCUCAAUGUAGUUUCUGGGCUACUACCGCUUCCCGAUUUCAUGUGCACAUUGUGGGACACUUCAACAAGAAACCUUACAAUUGCUCUGAGUGUGGUUAUAAGUCUAACUGGCGCUGGGACAUCACCAAGCACAUAAAGCUGAAAACCUCCAGGGACAACAGUCAUCAAGGGGCUCAGGUUAUUAUCACAGAUGAGACAGGAGAAAAGAAUUAUGAAAAGUAUGAUUGCUACCUGGCCAUAAUCCAGCUCGAUGAGACAAAUGCUCAUCGAACUGAGGGAGGGAUCCCAACCAGGAAGGGAAGACCGAAACGCACCCCAGAAAAGGAAGAGGAGAAGGAGUGUGUGACACCCUCAAUCUCCCCAGUUCGUAAGCCUCCCAUGGUGUCUAUCCCAGUGAUGCCCCGCAUGCAGGGGUUGCCUCGCCUCACCAGAGCCCCUGGGUCUCGCAGCCGGCCAGGGCCAAUGCCCUUCGGUCCCAUCCUCCCUGGACCCCAGAUGAUGGUCCAGCUUGCAGGCAGUGCCGCAUCCUCAGGAACCUCAAAUUCGCGGCCGCCUCCUCCCUUAAGCCUCCGAGGGACAGCGAAAGGCACCCCCACCUCAACCCCCUCCACUUCAACCCCCUCCACUUCCAGGACCAAAUCAAGUUCCUCCAGGGAGUCUACGGAGAGUCCCACAAGUGCCCAGUACCAGAUUAUCACCCCUCAGGGGGCAGUCAAUACCAGCCUGGAGACCCUUCAGCUGCUUGCAUCGGGCUCCACCAACAUAAGUAGGCUUAAGAAGCAACAGCAAGAGCAGGGGGGCUCCGAUGCCUCUGAGGAGAAGGACAGGCAGGACACAGUGUCACACCAGAUGAGGUUGAUAGCGUGGCUCAGCUACUUGACCGGGGCAGGUGUGCAGCAGCAGGUGUCGGUGUCGUCAACAGGAGAAGAUGGCAGAGAAGUGGCCAAGAUGGUGCUGGAUCACGAGGGGAAUCCGGAGUGGAAGUGCCACUCGUGCGACUUCAGAGACAGCGAGCGUGAAACUGUUGUUCAGCAUGUGCGACUGGCUCAUGGCCGAGGAGGACCUGUUUCCUUGCUCCAUGCUGUUCAUCGGUGUGAUGUGUGUGGUUAUGCUGCUGGAACCAAGAGGGCUGUUCAGCUGCACAUUGACAGCAGUCACGGAGGCCAAGGUGGCAUCACCAGCCGCUGCGAGGGACAGACCCCAGACUCAAAGGAUAACUCAGGGGAUUCGGAAAACAUGGAGUACAAUGAGAGCACGCGAAUGUUCCAGUGCCGUCAGUGUCCUUUCUCCAGCAAGAAACGCAGCGAGAUGAGGUCGCAUGUGGUUUACCAUUCCUCGCGGCCAGACUGCAUCUUCAAGUGCAUGUUCUGCCCUUUCUAUGUUCCCACUAAAGGUGAGCUCUUUGAGCACUUGAAUGUUCACGGAAUGGAAGUGCCAGCCUCUGUGCUCGAAGCUGCCAGCAAAGUAUCCAGCACUCCUGCACCUGUGCCUCAAGAGGAACCUGGAAGUGGAUCUCGGAACCUUGCCUGUGACAGCUGUCCCUUUGAGACCAGGAGUCGUGCGAAACUGAUGCAUCACCGCCAGUUCCAUAAGCCCAAAGGUCUACCUUUCCGUUGUCCUCACUGCACCUACAAUGUAACACGUCGCCACCUCUUAUCCCAGCACAUCCGUGUGCAUGGAAUGGAUCCGGUGUUGGAUGACAGCAUCGAGGUGAGCAGCGUUAAUGACAAUAAUCAGGCAGAUGACAGGUCCAAUUCUCCUUCUCCAUCUCUUACCAUCACACCCGUCAACAAUGUGGCAGCAAGUGGCAAUACAGGCGAUGAUAACACAGUCACAGACUCCUCCUUGCUUCCCAAGUUGACAGACCAGAGUACCAUGGUUUUAGAUGACAUACCACUUGUUUGGGUGUCUAGAGAUAAUCGUUUCUUUAAAAUGUUCAAAUGCAGGCAUUGCCCACAUGUCAAUUUACGUAAAACAAAUAUACAAGAGCAUGAGAAAAUGCACAAAACUGUCAGCAGAGAAAGCGGUGGCUUACAUUGUCCAUAUUGCUCUUACGUUAGUGUUAAUGCCGGUGUUAUGUCAGCACAUAUGAAGGUACAUGCUGGCUCCAUGGGACAGUGCCAUGCCAUUGUUGACCCAUCCCUCUCAGAUGAAGACCAGUUGAGACAGCUCACAACAAGAGCUAGUACAAGUCGCCCAGAGACUCCGCAAACCCCAGAGAUACCAGGGAUUAGUGCAGCGCCCGCAAGAAAAGCAGAUGAGAAGGUGAUUUACUACUGCCAACAGUGCCCUGCUAGAUUCUUCUUUGAGAAGGAGAUUCAGAUUCACACCCGGUUCCACACAACGAGCCUGCCUCAUAAGUGUGAUCACUGUAACUACGGUGCACGACAGCAGGCUCUCCUCGCACAUCUCAAGGUGCACACACCUGAGUACCAGCAACGUACUCGCACCAUGAUGGGUCAGCACCGAACUGCUACCACAUCCCCGGUUCCUGGGCUAACGAUCCCCCACGAAACAUCUGUGGAGACUUCUGGUGACAGCCAUGAGUCGGCCAACAACUCUCGGCCAUUCACAGCAUCCCCACCUCCUACCUCCGUUCCACAGCCUCCCCCUACAAGCAAGUACAUGUGUGAUGAGUGUCCAGCAUCAUUCUCCAAGCUGUUGACCUUACAGUACCAUCAGUCUCUCCAUGGAGCCAACAACCCCCACAAGUGCCAGCGAUGUUCAUAUGCAGGCAAGACAGAAGAAAAUCUCCAACAACACCACCUCUUACACAGUCAGUAUGAUGAGACCAUACAAGCAGAAAAAGCAUCCAAAGAACCACCACCUCCUCCUACCCCACCUCCUCCUCCUCCUCUCCUCCUGAUCCUGCUCCUUCUCCUAAACCUGCACCUGUCCCUGUUUAACUCCGAAAAGUGGUGGGCGGCCUCAGUUCAACGGGAAGAGCAAGUCAUCGAAGAGAAAGAGGAUGUGGAAGAGGAUGACCCCAAGAGGGUAGGUGACCCGAAAUUGUACUACCCAAUGCACAUAGACAAGGUCACAGGGAAAUCACGGGAAAAGAGGUACAAGUGUAACAAGUGCCCUUCAGCAUUUGAGAAGACAGAGCAGUACCAUGUUCACUCCAAUCUCCAUGGUUCGAAUCACAAGUACAGGUGCCGCAUAUGUGAUUACUCAGUGAAAUUCUACGCCAAUUUCAUGAUGCACAUUAACCGCCACAAAUACCACGAGCGGAUGCUCUCCCAGAAUGGUGAGGGCCCUCCACCCGAGGACAUUGACCCCAAGUAUGAGCCCAUCAUCAGCUCUAAUGAAAACAACAUCCAGGGAGAAAAACCGAGCAAGAGCAGGGGGGAAGAGUCCAACAAAGAGAAUCUGGAUGAUGUUGACCUAACCACUUCAGAGCGCCAGCACCUCCUUUUACAGAACAAGAAGGGGGUGAAGGAGCCAACCAACAAAGAAGAUGAGAAGGAGAGGAGAGUCUAUUACUGCCAGUAUUGUCCUUACGCUAAUGUCAGACGCGACGCAGUGGAUAGCCACAGUUUGCGUCACCAAGCCAAUGGUGGGUAUGGUGUCUACAAGUGCACUUUCUGUGACUACACAGCCUCGCAGCCCAACUUCAUCCGUGAGCAUACCAAGGUCCAUUUCCGUCCCUUCAAGUAUGUUCAUCCUGAGGGAUUCAUGCGCCAUGACCGUCAGGAGAUCCUAAGUGCCCCCAUUGUACCGCCAGGAUCCAAAGCAAUCGACGGUCCCAAGUUGCAGGACAGUAAGAACGCAAGCAAUGUUGAGGACAGGUACCUUAUUUUCUCCCAUGACACUGGCGUGUACAAGCCACCCAUUAUCAGUAACCCAGGGGAGGAAGAGGAGCCCUGACUCUCACAUCGCCAGUGGAAUCCAGGUCAACUUCCGUUCGGGCGACAUCGUGGAAGCGCCCAACGACUUCGUGAUUUCCCUCCGGCCCGGCGCCAAGAUCCGCAGCGGACCAGGGAUGAUGGAGUCCAGCGACCCUUUCGCUACGGACGGACUGGACUCGGCAGCCUCCAGUGUACAAGGCGAGAGUACUCUGUGUAGCGCCGACAUCAUCUCCAAGUCUCCCAGACGAGCCGCUACCGGAGAACGAGGGUGCGAGCGAGGACAAGACGGAGAGUAUGGAUGUAGACCCACACGAAGACCCCACAGAGGGAAAGAGCCAGGCGCAGCAGGAGCCCCUCGAGGACGACCAGGAAACCAGGCUGACCAACGGCCACGUCCAUAUGGAGGUCGGAGAAGGGUCCAAGGAGGCCACCGACAAUGAGGAAGAGAGUGCGAAAAUGGAAGUGGUGGCAAAGGGAGAGGACCUCGCGCCGGCCCAAGAAGGGAGCUCGGCGGACCAGCUCCCCAUGGCCAAGAGAGCGGCCGCGCAACCAGAGCCUUUAGUCAGUUCUUAGUGAACAUAUCAUUUGUAUCGGCAGUUAAAACAAUAUAUAUAUUUUUGUGAUUCGGGCUGUGAUUAGAGAGAGAAAGAAAAAAUGUGUACGGCCAUUUGUACUGGAAAAAAACGAUAGUUCGUUGGAGUGUAGCACUUACAUUAUUGUAAUUAAGUAAUUUAUUCACGACAGAAUAUACUUCCUGGCAUUAUUUAUAUAGCUUUUUAGUAUAGGAGGGCAUCAGUCACUCUAACUGCCACGUUCAGGUUUUAACAGACCAAAGACUUGGAUCGGCAUACAACUUUUUAUCAACUGUAUCAAAGUUAAAAAGAAGCGAAAAAAAAAUAGAAAAGAAAGAAAACUUUCUUUUUUUGCCUUUACCAAGCAUUUUACGUGACUUUUGUAUGCUCAUGUAUGAUGUGUAAUAGUCCAAGCAAGAAGUGUGAUUCUUUGUAUAUGUAUACACCUAUCAUGUAUCUAAUGUAAUUAUGUUGCUGGUCAUGUUGCCGUAUGUUGGGAGGUCGGAUGAACGCAUAGCGCGUGCCGCAUGUCUCUGUGAUGUGGACGAGAGACGGGCAAAGACACGAAGACGGACAAAUAGUCACAGACAGACAGACAGACAGAAAAAAUGAUUGCCUGCGAAGGAAGGAGCGAAAGAGAGAGAGCGAAUAAAUGAAUGGGUGAUUAAAUGUUUGAAUAUACGGGAGAUGCUAAUUGACGUACCGAAGAUAAGAGUGGAUGCAUUUUCCUGUGAAAUGCGUGUGCGUGUGUGUGUUUGUAGACCAACAGACAAAAAAGAGUGGGUCAUUGCUGAACAGACAAAAGGGAACAGCAAAAGCAUCCUCAGAUUUCAAAGAAUGUCUAAUCUGAUUAUCAGCAGUUCAGGUUUGUACCAGGUAACGAAAGCGAAGACAAAGAAGGACUAGAUUUUUUAUUUGGUAUUUAAACAUUUAUCUUAAAUUAAAAUAUUAAUUUCUCUAUCGGCAACAGCAAUAAUAUGUUACAGUGAAUAAAAUUGUAUUCACCAACAGCAAACCCAUUGUCCAUUUUUGUGCUGCCAUUUCAAAGUGUUUUGUUUUUAUUUGUCUUUUUUAUUUUAUUUUUAGAGGUCUUGGUGAACUGAGGUUAGAUUAAAGAACGAGAUUUUUGUAAAGAGAAAGUCUCCAAAUUUACCAUCCCUUUGUUGUGAGCACCGCUAUCUGCGUUCGUCUACGUGUGGGCGGGAUUUUGUAAUCUAUUUUCACAAGAAUUUUAUGCUAA